GCCUUCUCUUGAUCCUCUACUUCCGCUGCAACUGCUCUCGACGCCAUGAGCGACACCGAGCCCUCCUCUCCCACGGCCAGCGACGGCGAGCACGAGCCCUCUCCUCGUUUCAAUGUUCCGGCCACCACCAACCCCCUCCCUUCCCACUAGAUCCAACUGAUCAGCAUCCGCACCCACGUCCCCAUCACUCUCGAUCUGUAGGCGUGCAACUACGCCACAUGGAGCCAGUUCUUCCACGUCAUCUUCGGCAAGUUCGGCCUCGCCGACCACAUCGACGGUUUCUUGCCGGCGCCCGACGACUCCGACUAGGUGCAAAACGACUUCUCCAUCGUCUCCUGGUUCUACGAGACCAUCUCCCCAGAGAUACUGCAGAUGGAGAUGAGCCCCGACGACACCGCCUACUCCCUCUGGCGUGCGAUCAAGUUGUUGGUCCGCGACAACCACGAGGCGCACUCCGUCUACGUGCACACGGAGUAUCGCAGCCUCGUCCAGGGCGAGCUCUCCGUCCUCAACUACUGCUCGCGCAUGAAGGAGCUCGCCGACACGCUGCGUGACCUCGGCUCUCCGGUCAUGGACCGCGACCUCGUCCUCAACCUCCUGCACGGCCUCGGCGAGGAGCUCCAGCACGCGAUCCCCCACCUCACCGGACCAGGACGCCGCUUCCCCACCUUCCUGCAGGCCCGCUCCUUCCUUCCCCUGGAGGAGCAUCGCCGGGCUCAGGCUGUGAAGCUCGCGGCGCAGACUGCAUUCUUCACGCAGAUGAACCAGGUUGCGCGCCCCUCGGCUCCAACUGCCGCGCCACACCAGUACCCCGCCAUGUUCGGCUACGCCGGACCGACGCCCGCCAGCAACACCGGAUCCACCUCCAACAGCUCCAACGGUGGCAGGAAGAACAAGGGGAAAGGGAAGAAGAAGGAGCACGCGCCGGCGAACCGCACUGCACCGCCUCCGGCUUCGACGCCCGCCGCUCCGUGGAUUCCCGGGUUCAACCCCUGGACUGGUAUGGUGCAGGCUUGGCCGCUCCCACAGCGUCCUGCCGUGCCGGCGCCGGGCAUCCUCGGCCCACGACCAGCGGCGACGGCUCCUCAACACUCGCUGCUAACUACUCAGCGACCCACUGGUGCUGCCCCUGCGCCGCCUCCGGCAACCUACGACCCGGCUUUGAUCCAGGCGUUCAACAACAUGUCCAUGUACACACCGGCCUCCUCCAGCGGCAGUGGGGAAUGGUUCCUCGACACUGGAGCCUCUUCCUACAUGGGCAACAACUCCGGAUCUGCGAACCCGGAUGGUGAUUCUGCGAUGUGAUAGCGACGGAGACCUGUACCCCACUCAUGUUCCUCGCUCACCUGAAGUCUACCAUGCCUUGCACACUGGCGUCACUGCUGAUCGGGGCACCAACGAUUCGGGCACCCGGGCCGUGGCUCCUUCACUCAGGUGUCUAGAUACUUUCAGUUCACUUGUUCAAAGUCUUUGUCCACUGUUUGUCAGUCAUGUCGCUUAGGCAAGCAUGUUCGAUUGCCUUUCCAGAACUCUACUACUACCACUAGCUUUCCUUUUCAGUUGUUGCAUAGUGAUGUGUGGACAUCUCCUCUAUCCAGUGUUUCCGGUGCUAAAUAUUACCUUGUGU